AACGAUUGUUCCGACUGUUUGGUUUAUCUGUGGUUUGCGUAGCUAGCCAGUUUGAGUUUGUUGGAAUGCAAUGAUUAGUAAACUAGCAUAGCUCAAUAUAUUUCCGCAUCUAAAGAUUUAUUGCUUCGCAAGGUUUGCCAAAAUGCUUUUAAACAAUUUGCUUGAGUGUUUGCCGCCUGACCUCGAAUCAGUCUUGUAAAAAUGGGUCAUUUUAAUAAUCCAAGCUAGCUAACUUUAGCUACAUCUUGUAAAUUGAAGAUGUUUUGCUAGCUAGCUAACUUAGUUAGGUUUGAUCGCUACAAUUUAUUGAUAGGGUAACUGCAGGGUGCCCUGUAGUUUGGCAAAGUGUUAAAACGUGUUUUGUCCAUCUGACUUAGCUUCUUAGCCUAGCUUGCUACGUUAGCCGAAUUAGCUAGCAUCAGCUUUUUCUGUCGUUUACUGAAUUUGACGUAUCGCUACUAGCUGUAAGAUAUGGCCACUGCCUCUAGCUCCUGUGUGGGGAUAAAUGGGUCUAGAAAUGGACCCUCUAUCUCUACACCGACAUUGGUAGCAUCUGGACAAUCUCAGCCCAUGGUCGUUGUAUGGGAAUGGCAGGAUGAUCUUGGCUUCUGGCGACCAUAUAGCGGCCAGGUGAGCGGCUAUAUCGAACAAUACUUCUCCUCUCCGCGGGGACACAGAGGUGGGGGUCCUGGCUCCACCAGCAUCAGCCUAGGACAAUCAGAUCCCAGCUUGUCGCCUUAUCUCAUAGACAUACCAAGCUUGAACCAGUUCCGCCAAGAUACAGGGAAAACGCGGUCUGUACGCCGUCAAUUGUUUGCCCAGUCCUCAGGCUUGGGUAGCGGAGUAUAUUGGGAGUGGGCAAAUGACGAAGGAGGAUGGACUCCAUACGAGACUCGCACUUCUAUUCUACUAGAACACAGCUACCUGGCACGGCAGGCCACGGCGGAUAUGGCCUCACACGGCUAUAACUACAUAGUGGACCUCACAGCGCUGGCCCAGGUCAACAAGGCCACGGGCUUCAGGCGGCAGGUCCGACGGCAGGGUAACUUUCCCUACCCACUGGCGUCUGGCGCCUCCGUCAUCCACUCGGGCCCUGCCUGCUCCUGCCACCAGUGUCUGAGCCACAGCUGCACUGGCCCCAUGCCCAGCCGCUCACGCCACUCCUUCUCCUCUGGGCAGCUGAGCCGGCCCAGCUUCCAGGGCCCCAGCAGGGCGGCUGGAGCUCACCCCACCUCAGUGUACUCGCCCUACCCCAGGAGGCCUCUUUCUGUGGGGGGCAUGGCGUGGGGUGGUCCCUGGCCCCUGACACCCUCCGCUAGUCAGUUCCCUGGACCUCCACUGUCUUACCCUACCAGUGCUAAUGGCUUAAGUGUCCCCGCCAUCCCUCUGCAACGGAAUGGAUCCACCAGUGUGAGCUCAGCCCUUGCAGGCAUGGCCUCCAUUUUGAUGUCAGCAGUGGGACUCGGUGUGUGCUUCACGAGUGCCCCCCUCCCGCACCCCUCCUCCGCUCCUCCUCCCCCCAGCAGCACCAGCAGGCCCGCAGGCUCCAAAACUCACAGCAGCAGCUCGGUUAGGAGGGCAAAGAGGCAGCACAGGACAGCCCCAGCACAGAAACCAGAGGAUGUCAUUCACCGCUACAUGGAGGAAGUGGCCUCUGCUCAAGACGAGGACUGCAUCAUCUGUAUGGACCGGCUGUCGUGUCCGUCGGAUUACGCCGUGGCGUCCGAGGGAGCACAAUCCAUCCCACCCGGCGCUGUGGGAAAGUUCACCAAGUGUGGACACACCUUGCACAUGCUCUGCAUGCUUGCCAUGUACAACAAUGGAACCAAGGAUGGCAGCCUCCAGUGCCCGUCAUGCAAGACAAUCUAUGGGGAGAAGACGGGGACCCAGCCCAAGGGCAAGAUGGAGAUCUAUAGUAUCGCACAGUCCCUCCCCGGCCACCCAGACUGUGGAACUAUCCAGAUAAUUUACAGCAUCCCCCCUGGGAUACAGGGUCCAGAGCACCCUAACCCGGGGCAGCCAUACACCUGUAGAGGCUUCCCUCGCUUCUGCUUCCUCCCAGACAACGACAAGGGCAGAAAGGUGCUUGAGCUGCUGAAGGUAGCGUGGACGCGGCGCCUCAUCUUCACAGUGGGCACGUCUAGCACCACGGGCGAGCCCGACACGGUGGUGUGGAAUGAGAUCCACCACAAGACUGAGAUGAUGUCCAACGUGUCAGGCCACGGCUACCCGGACCCCAACUAUCUGGAAAAUGUGCUGUCCGAGCUGUCCUCUCAGGGGGUGACGGACCACUGCCUGGUCAAACAGGAGGGCCCCAGCCAGGGAGGAGCGUCAAACUCUGGACUGUGAAACUGACCCUGAAUCAGUUUCCUCGUAAUGUCACUACUUCAACAUAGAGAACAUAUUCACAUUCCCACUUGGAUGUUUUUUUUGUUGAUCUUAUUAAAUAUUAAAUGCGAAGCAGAUGGUAUGUCAAAGUGCAGUGUGCAGAAUACUGCACAUACUGAUAAUGUGGGGUUUGUCGUGGACUUUAUUUGCUGUAGUAGCGCUCCACCAGCUCUUGGUUUAGUCACCUGUUCCCUAUAAAGUAAACCACUUUUGACCAGGGCCCAUAGGGUUCUGGUCAAAAGUACUGCACUACAUAGGAAAUAGGGUGCCAUUUUAGACACAACCCUUCUCUUGAAAAAAGUAUUGUGCUUUUUUUUUUUGGAGCAGCCUGAUGUUUCGCACCUCUUUUGGCAUGCUCCAUGAAAGGUGGCAGCUCUUGCGUGGGAACACCGACGUCGGUAGCACUUUAGUUUUGACAGUGCAUUUAAUUAACACUUAUAGUAAUUACCAGGUUAAUAUCUGUGAUUGUUUUUCAAAUUGGUAAAUUAUGCAAAUACUUUAGUGAUAUUUCUGUUGAAAAGCAAUGUAGGCCUACUUAGGCAAAUCACUAUAUACACAGACACAUUAAAUACUAUACAAAAUGGUAGCAAAGUGAGUACCUGCUUGAUUGUGUUAUAAUGGGAGGGGGGAGAGAACUCUUUAAUUGGUAAUUUUCAUAUUUGUCAGUAAUGAAAGCACUGUAAAGGAACAGAAAUGUGUCUGUAAAUGCCAGUUCAUUAAGAAGCAUAACCUGGAAGAGAAACUUCUCACUUUGCCUUUGUUUCAGCAUAAUAUAAAUAUUUAAAUGCAUUAUUUAACCAUUUGUAAUAUUUUUUGUUUCACCUAAUUUCAUGGGAAACACGUGGAUUUGUAAUGCGGUCACGCUUAAUGCAGACUAAGCUGGGCCUGUAUUCACAAAGGAGCAGUGCUGAUAUCGAUCAGGUCCUCCCUGGCCUAUGUAAUCUUAAUCAUUAUCUAAGGCAAAACUGAUCCUAGAUCACCCCUCCUACUCUGAGAUGCUUUAUGAAUACGGCCCCUGAUGCUUUGCUACACCCACUUAGAGCUACAGAGAAGUGGUACCAUGAAAGUGGCUCAUCUUUGAGCCAGGUACAUUUUUAAAUGGCAACGAAUCCUUUAGAACUAACCAGCUCCGGGGCAGGCUGUGUUCACAUUGCCCUAAAAAAGUGAACUGGGCUGUGGAAUUCAAGCGAACAGAACUUUGAUCAGCUCUUGAUGGUCUGUUUGAUUCUCUUCAUCUGAGAUCCUUUUGGAGUGUUCACAAUGCACAAAUUAAGCAAACUGCACGAGUUCACAAAAAUUGCCUGGAAGGGGGCGACCAAGUGUGAAAACACCCGUAGAAAAUCUUGAGUAGAUCUCACUUAGAGGAGGAAGGGAAGUGCUACUAAGAUCUCACUUCAAUUGUAGUAUAGGCCUACCCCCUCAGCUUUGCACUAGAAGAUUAAAAACAGAAAAACGAAUUUACCGCAGGUCAAUUCACUUUCUCUGACAAUCUGGUCAAAAUAGCAUAGCCAUCAAGAGCAAUCUGGAUUUUUCUUUUUCGGCAUGCUUAGGGUAUAUUAACCUGGAUCAUCCAAUUCCACCGCACUGCUGUCCAACAUCCAGUUAGGUGACAUUUUACUCAGUAUUCAGGUGUAUGCAAGCAUUUUGAAAAUGUUCUCCGCAAUAAAAAAAAAACUGAUAAAUGAA